AUGUCGGGGCGGGCCUGCAGUGCAGAGGGUGAAGCCUUCCUGAUCCCAGGACUGAAGGGUGGUGGCCCUUGCCCGCCUGCGGAGCGUCUGCUCUGGCCAGCGCAAAAGGAGGAGGGGGCAGAGGAGGAGGAGGGGCGCAGGGCUCCCAACGGGCCUCGCCUCUUCCUCCUGGACGCCCCGCGAUGCGCUCAGCGGCCGCACGGGGGUGAGGCAGCCUCUUGGGGCCUGCGCUUCGGAGCGAGCGCAGCAGGUCGGCGCGCGCACAUGGAGGACGCGCAUUGCGCUUGGCUCGCGUUACCCGGGCUGCCCCAGGGCUGGGCUUUCUUUGCUGUCCUUGACGGCCAAGGCGGAGCGCGAGCAGCCCUCCUCGGCGCGCGCUACCUGCCCCGGCACAUGCUCUUGGCGUGGGACCCUGCGCCUGGCGAGCCAGAGGGCGUGUGCGGGGCGCUUCGCCUGGCUUUCUGGAGCGCAGACGCACGCCUGAGCUCGCUCUGGCCCCGCGGCGAACCACGCGGCUCUACCGCGGUGGUGUUACUCGUCUCCCCGCGCUUUCUGUACCUGGCACACUGCGGUGACUCUCGCGCGGUGCUGAGCCGCGCUGGAGCUGUUGCCUUCAGCACCGAGGGCCAUCGACCCCUCCGGCUCCGGGAACGCGAGCGUAUCCGUGCGCUUCUCUGCGCGCAGCUGUUGGAUACGUGCCUGUGCAAGGUCCUGGGGUGGGGCUUGGGGCGAGGAGGAGCUCUGCUUCCGAGAGCGUGGGGCCCCGCGCUGGGGCGUUCAAUCAUGUCCCACUGCUGUAUACUCUCUCUUCUCCACCUUCAGGGCGGCCCGGACAACAUGACCUGCAUCCUGGUCUGCUUACCCGGGGCGCCCCAGGUUGCGAGGAGGAAGGAGCUAGAGCUGGAUGCAGCCCUGGGCCGCAGGGUCGCGGCGCUGUGUUCCUCUGCCCAGGGGCCCCCCAGCCUGAGCAAGGUGUUCAGGACUCUGGCCUCUGAGGACAUCCCGGAUUUACCUCCUGGGGGAGGGCUGUACUGCAUGGCCGCUGUCAUCGCUGAAGCUUAUUCUCAGCUCUUCCAGGCCUCAGGGCAGCGCUGGGCGAAGGUGCAGAACAGGGCUGGGAAGGCCACUGGCACCCAUUCAAGCUCGGCCUUGGACUUCAGGCCUGACAGCUGUCGUCCUUAGGGGUCCCCCUGUUGUUCUUUGGGGCCCUAAGGGAACUUAGAAACCUCUCCUUCCUCAGCUACAAAGAACAGCGGAAGGAAGAAAAGCUGAUAGAGGAACCUCAAAAGGUUUAUUUCCCCUUCUCCUACUUCCCUCUCACAAAAAAGUCUUAUGAGAGGGGGAAUUCCACUCACCAUCUAGAUGGAAAACACACACCCCAAAACCAAAUGUUUAGAGCUGAACGGAUCCUGAAGGAUCACCCAGUUCAAUAACCGUCUCUCCCCUUUCCAUUUCUCAUCUGUUAUGGAGGAGCUAGGGGAGAUGUUAUUAUGAAAUUAGAAUUACAUAAUUCAAGAUACAUUUUUCUUAUAGAAAAAAAAAAACCACAGACACACCCCCCGCCCCCCAAACAUCAUUUGCCCAGUCAUUUGGCAAAUAUAUUGGGCACCUGCUCACAGCCAUCAGCCAGGGGGCCUCACUGAGA